AUGGCUGCUCAGCAGGAUUUGCUGAACCAAGAGCUAUUGAGUAAUGCCGGCCAGUUGGUCCGAUGGCUCGAAAACCUUCCAGACGAUCUGCAACAUGAACUUGCAGUUGCCGCCUUUGAGCGCCUCUACGCCGAGGCUGCCCAGCCCAAGUCCGUCUCAGGCAACGCGUGCGUGAGGCUCUGCGGGCUCGUCGAGCAGUCCUCCAAGUCGGCCUCACCCAAUCUGCGCGCGUGGGCCUUUUCGCAUGCCGUCGUCCUCCAGCUGUUUGACUUUUACAUUGAGUGGAACGAGUAUGACCACCACCGCUCCAUGCGUCUCGUGCUCGACCUCGUCGCCGCCCUGCUCCGCAAGAACCCAGACCACCCCGCCGCGGCGCGCAGCAAAGAUGCGCUGCUCAGCGAUCUCGUGGCCAUUAUCGCGCGGCGCUCGGUGAAGCCCGUGGCCAAGUCGGCCAUCAAGACGCUGGACCACUUUCUCGGCAAGAACGUCUUCACGCUCGACGACGUCCGCGCGAGCUAUGCGAGCAGCGGGAGCGACGCGCAGGGCAGCGCGGCGAUGGACGUCUGGGGCAUGUUUAUCGGGGAACUGUUUGACUGGAUGUGCCUGCACUUUGUGUGCCCUGCGGCCGGCAAGCUGAUUGUCACCCUGUACAGGCUGCUGCGUCAAGGACGCGGCGGCGCGGAACAGAUCCCAAGCAUUGACCUGUGGCACUCAUGGCUACUCACAUUUGUGACAAAGGAGCCGUCACUUGUAGAGCGCAUCAAAAACUACGUAUUUCUACCCCUGUUCAAGAUUGACAGGAAGGAAGCUCUACUGUUCUUGAUAAAGAUGAACAAUGACCAGCCUGUAUCUACUUCUGAAACGCUGCAUGUCGAUAUUCCGGCCCUGAUCCAGCUCGCGGCGCUCGAGACGGGAAAACGAGUCGGCCUCGUCGAGGAGCCAGACCUUGACUCGGACCGGCCCGCCGAAAGCGAUGGCACCUCCAUCGUCCUGCAAGAAGAAGUCCUCGAGAGCGUCCUCGGCCACCCGUCCCACGAGGUCCGCUCGCUCGCCUUUUCCAUCCUCAUUGCCUCGCCCUCCACCACGAAGCCCUACUCGGCGCGGGCGCUGCAGCUUCUGCGCCAGCACCUCGGCGCCUUCUUCGCCGACCCCGACGCCAAGUUCCGCGUCGACGUCUCGGCGCGCGCCAGAGACAUGUUCAAGCGUGUCCGUGGCGCCAUUUUUGUGCUGAAGCGCAGCAUCCCACGGGUGCGCGCCAAGGCGGCCAAAGAGAAGAGACCAGAAAGCGCAACCGCUGCGCUGGCGCCAACGGUGUACAAGGCGAAUCUGAUUGCGCUGCCCGAGCAAGGUCUGGUGCAGUGUCUGACGGAUCAUGAGGACUUUCUCAAGUGGUAUCUAGAGUUCUUGUGUGAGGAAUUAGUCCCGACGGCGUCAUACCAGCGUCAUAUUGCCUCUCUCAAGGCGCUUGGUUACAUCCUUCGCAUAGAGGGCGAGCAGAACAAAACAUGGAAAACAGCUGACGAUCAGACACUUUUCUUUGACGUAUUUGCUGGUAAAUGGGUUCGCGCGCUGUUUGACCUCCUCAUGGAUCCCUUUGACGACGUGCGCGAUGUUGCUUCUACUGUGCUCAAAUCGAUCUUUGUGGACGCACGAUACCGCAGAUUCUCACUCCGUACCGCAGGAGGUGAAGCGCAAGACCCUGCUACAGAUCUCCGCGAACUGUCGCGGCGUGCGAACAACCUUGCGCGCCGGACCGCCCGCGCCGACCAUGCCGACGGCGUGGCGCGCGUGAAUCAGCUGCUUUACCGGUUCCUCGCCACCUCGGACGAGCGACUCGCGCUGCUGUCGGGCAUGAUUGACGAGCUCGAGAGCAAGAUUGCGCAGGCCGAGGCGGAUCUUGGCCGCGCGGUCCUCGAAGCCCCCGUGCACGGCGACUUUGCUUCGCUGUGCAGCAUGUGGCAGGUGGUGUCGGAGCUGCCGCUCGCCGAGGCGGACCUGCGGGCUGUUGGGACGCUCCAGACGCGGCUGCUAGAUUGUUGCCGGCGCGCAUGGGCCUCGGUACAGUACAUUCUCUGCGACGACUCGCCCGAGGGACACUUGCCGUCGGAGCUGGAAGAGCUCGAGGGCCUUGACACCAAGGGCCUCAUCAGUUACAGCUUCCGCUCCAUUCACGAAUCGAGCAACCUGAUGCGCAUCAUGAUUCUGGCUAUGCGAAAUAUAUCACGCAAGGGCGCGGUGACGCCUGGAAAAGACGUAUAUCUUGGCAUUGGCAGACUAACGUUUGAGCAGCUGUCCAGCCUCAGACAUCGAGGGGCCUUCACAAACGUCUCUGCUACUUUUGCUGCUUGCUGCCAGCAGGCCAAGCAUUUGCAACAAGCAGACGGCGACGAGGAUAUCCUCGUAGCCUGGUACAAUGGCGCCAUGGACGCCAUCAACUCCCAGGUAUCAACUACGCGUCGCUCUGCUGGCAUCCCCUCUCUGAUUACGGGCAUUCUGUCCGCCAACGCGACCACCCCGUCUUUUGAAUCCAUCAUGGACACGCUCAUGAAGAUUGCCAGCGCCGAAGCGCAAGUAACUGAAAUAGACGACACGCAGCUACCUCAGGUGCAUGCCUACAACUGUCUCAAGGACAUUUUCAAAAACUCGCUCCUCACGUCGCUCGGCAACAAGUCCGAGGCCUAUUUGCCGCAGUGCCUCGAGCUGGCGGCCAGCGGCCUGCGAUCCGAAGUCUGGGCUGUGCGAAACUGCGGCCUCAUCUUCCUUCGCAGCCUCAUCGACUGCCUGUUCGGCUCGCACGAGAGCAAGCAGAUGAUCGAGGCUGGCUGGGACGGCAAGGCGAACCGAAUCCCGUACCAUCGAUACCCAAACCUGCCUGAGGUGCUGCGGGACCUGCUCAAGUCUGGGCACAGCGUCAUGGCCACCACCUCGGCGCUGUCGGCUGCGGCUGCGGAAUCGGUAUUUCCCGCGCUGGAUAUCAUUCGUAGGGCGGGGCCUCCUGCGCUGCUCCGCGAAGAGAUUCAGAGUGACGUCGCGCAUUACCUGUCCAGUAGCGUCUGGCAUGUGCGAGAGAUGGCGGCCAGGACGCUGUGCUCCUGCUUGCUCCAUGACAAGUGGCUGGGAAUGAUCAAGCAGAUAUACAACGAGGUACAAUGCGUAUCUGGUGGCGCGCGUCUGAAUUAUAUCCAUGGCGUCCUCCUCACCCUGAAGUUUGUGUUUGAAAGACUAAGCGAGGUGUCUCGAGAUCAAGUGAGAGUCGACUUACCGGAGCUCGUCGACUUUCUGUCAGAUUCGAAUAUCGCGACCGAUUACAGCCACUGUCCAGAUGUAGUCGCUGCUUACUUAGAGGUUCUCAACCAAACAUGGGCCUUGCAACUCGCCGACGGACUUGCCCUACAGCCAAAUACGCCCCGACUACUGGAAAAGCCCAGUGUAGCACUCUUGAAAUCGCAAAAAGUCAUCAAUGAUGUCUUUUUAGCGUACCAGGCCCCCGACUCUAUCAAUGCUCUGCGUGACAUUGUAUCCAACCCGCACCUGGGCGUGAAUACCCUUGUUACCGCUCUGGAAACAAUACCGAAACUUUGGAGUCCCGCACACACCUCGGAGCAGACACUACUCUCCCUCUGCUCAUUAUACACAGAUGCAGCGCUUCGAACGACGUAUCUGGAAGCGCAGAUCACGGCGGUCGAAAACCUGGCUGAUGUACUCGACGCGCUGCUCAAAAGUGGCGAGGCACAGAAACUGCCCAUUGACGAGCUCGCCAGUCUAUGGGCUUGCCUGCCUCUCGGACCCAUGAACCCGGCGCUCGCCAACGCCGUCAUCCGCGCUGGCGGUGGUAUUAUUGCAGCCCUCCACACCACGGGCAAGCUGACGGCCGACGGCUUGAACAGCUGGGCGGUGCUGAUGGCUGACGCUGGCCUAGAUGACAAGGUCUUUGACACCAGAUUCGCUGCCGCCGAGUCGUUUUGCUCUCUCUUCACCGUCAUCGGUCCGGCAUGCACUGCGCCGGCCUUCCUCCCCGUCCUGCUCGCGCUGUACGACACGCUCAACGAUGACGACGAGGAGGUCCGCGACCUGGGCUCCGCCGCGUUCCAGCACAUUACCGGCGUCUCGCUCGUGCCCGUUGAAGCCGCGAGCCGGCUCCUCCAGUGGCUCGCUGCCACAUUUGGCUCGCUGCCGCAGUUUCGCGCCGUCGUCGCCGGCCGCAUCAUCGGCGGGGCCGCGGCGCCGGCGGAGCAGCAACUCACGGCGGCGCUGCAGUUUGACGACUCGCUGUUCGCCGUCGAGGAGCAGAACCUGUUCGUCGACGAGGUGCGCGAGACGAAGCGCUGGGCGGCCGUGUUUGACAGCCUGUCAUGGGUAGGAGGCGAUGCGGAAGCGGACACGGUGCUGGUGGCGCUCGACGGCUGGGUACGAGGGGGCGUCGCUAAGAUGCGGGACAUUGUACGGGAGCAAGAGGACGGCCCUCUGGGCUGGGCUUCUGAUGCGCAUGUCUUUGCUAUUGCUACGCGUAUUGUGUACGGGUACCUAGUGCUGGCGAGGAAUGGCGCAGCGAGCGGCGAGUUGGCGGCAGAGGUCGAGAAGCUGAGGCAAGCGUCUCUCGAAAAGGACAAUGUUGUUUCACAAUUGCUCAUGGAUGCACUGAACUGA